AUGGCUGCCCUCUCCUCUUCCUUCCUCUCGUCUCCUCUCGCCGGUCGACCCCCUGCUCUCUCCCUCCGUCGUUCGUCCGAUCGCGCCUUCAACUCUCCUUCCGCCACUCCCCCCAUCCGCGCUGCUGCUCCCUCAGAACGCACCGCCACCAGCGCCACCAGUAGCAGCGCCGUCGAGGCUCCGCUGUCGGCGGUAUCUUCCCCGCAGCAGCGUCCGCGCGGGGUCUCCGCGCCGGAUGCCUCUCCGCGCAAGCCCGCGUGGCUGCGCCAACGCGCGCCGCAGGGGAAGCGGUACGAGCAGGUGCAGGAGUCGCUGCAAGGGCUGCGACUGAAUACCGUGUGCGAAGAGGCCAAGUGCCCUAACAUCGGGGAGUGUUGGAACGGCGGGCAUGGCGACGGCGGCUUGGGCACGGCGACGAUCAUGCUGCUGGGCGACACCUGCACCAGGGGCUGCCGCUUCUGCGCCGUGGCGACGAGUCCCACCCCUGCACCGCCCGAUGAGAACGAGCCUGAGAACACUGCGAGGGCCAUUGCGUCAUGGGGGGUGGGGUACAUAGUGCUCACGAGUGUGGAUCGGGACGACCUGCCUGAUGGCGGAGCCAACCACUUUGUGCGCACGGUCAAGGAGCUCAAGGCACUGCGUCCGGACAUUCUCGUAGAGUGUCUCGUGUCAGACUUCCGUGGGGACAAGGCGGCAGUGGCAGCGCUCGCCACAUCGGGCCUGGAUGUCUUUGCAAACAACGUGGAGACCGUCAAGAGACUGCAGCGCUCCGUCAGAGACCCACGCGCCGGUUAUGAGCAGUCGUUGACUGUGCUACAACAUGCGAGGGAGGUGGCUCCCGGCGUGGUAACCAAGUCGUCCAUAAUGCUGGGGCUGGGAGAGACAGACGAGGAGGUGGCGCAGACAAUGAGGGAUCUGAGGGAUGCAGGGGUGGAGAUUGUGACUCUCGGGCAGUACCUGCAGCCCACGCCGAUUCACCUGCCCGUGAAGGAGUUUGUCACACCGGCCAAGUUUGAUGAAUGGAGGCAGUACGGGGAGUCCAUUGGUUUCCGAUAUGUUGCCAGCGGACCUCUGGUCCGCUCUUCGUAUCGAGCUGGGGAGUUUUUUGUGGAGUCAAUGCUUCGAAAGAGGCAGCAGGAGGCUGCAGCUACGCACUAA